AUGGCUUUUUUCAGUAAGCUCAAUACUUUGAUAUUCAAUUGGAAAGACCCGCUCCCGGAUGUCCGAGAGAUCUUUCGUCCCAGAGAGAUCGACGAGCUCAUCAUCGAGUCCAUGAAAUGCGUGAGGAAACCCGGCCUCAUCCGAUGGCCGUUUAUCACGGUGGUCAAAUUCUUGAUCAAAACCGGCUACGAGGACGAACCGGAGCUCGAUGAAGACGGCGAGGUUAUUUUGCUGCGGACCACACCGCUGCAUUACGCGGCGAGCGACGUCCUCCUGUUCGGCUUCGCGAUCGGCCAUCUGUUUCGAAUCUAUCCCAGAUUCGACACGAACUACGCGAGCGAGUCGGGCUUGACUCACUUGCACGUGGCGUGCAUGUUCAAGAGCUGCGAGCGAUUCGUCAAGGAAUUUCUCGACCACGGCCAAGAUUCCAAUCUUCCGUGGCGGGGAAAGGGUGAAACGCCUCUGCACUUGGUAGCGCAGUGGGGCGAGAAGGAAAUCAUCCACUUCCUGCUGAUGCGAGGCGCCGAUCCACAGUUGUCCAACGCCGAGGGAGAGACGGCUUUGCACGACGUUUGCAAGAGAAGCCGCGACGAUCUGGUAGAGAUGUUCUUGAAAGUCAACAAACAAUUCUGCAAGUCGAUCGAUAUCGACGCCGUGGACGAUUGGGGUCGGACACCUCUGCUGGUGGCUCUGAACCGUAGGGACAAGAAGUCGGCCUUGCUGCUGCUGAAGAAAGGCGCCAACCCGAAUGCGGCCAACGAGAUGGGAUUUACAGCACUGCACCUGAUGUGCCGGAGAAAUUACGACAGCAAAUCGAUCGAGGAGAUUCUCGACGCCAUGGCUGGCAACUGUCCGGGAACCACCGCCAUGCACUGCAUCAGCCGCAGACGACUACCCGCCGACGACUUGGCCAAGACGCUGCUCAGAGUCUGCGGCGAAAUCGAUCGUGUGGUGCAGAUCGACUUCAAGGACAAGAGGCGCCGUACACCGCUCGAAUGGGCCGUGGCGAAUCAUCAGCCGCAACUGGUCGAGAGACUCCUGCAACUCGACGACGAUCUGUCCGGCUUCAGGUUCCCGAGCUACACUCACUUCGACCAGUGCUUCGAGUGGCACGCCAAGCGUCGAGUCGGACUUCACAGGCUGAAACUGGCCUCGGGCGUGCUGGCCUGCCUGGAGCCUGGAAAAGCACGGCUACCGAUUAAAGCCCAACGAUGCCAGGACGAUCGCGACUUUGUUCAACCGGAACGCAUUGGUUCACAGAUUGUCCGCUGCACUUCGACAGCAGCAUGGACUUCGUGA